AUGCCAUCUCCGCCAGUGCAAAAUGAGGUAUCGCCAAUCACAUCAACACCGGACUCCGAGCGAAAGAAGACGGCGUCCUCGGUUCACGACGUGCACGCAGAGAAGCCACCUUUCGGUUCAAGAUACCUUACAGCGAAUUCAGAUGUCUGGAGUGAGAAUGCUUGGGAUCACGUCCCGCCUCCGGAAGAUCAACAUGAACGCAUUGCUUCUUCCUUGGCCCGGCAGCGCGCAAAGCCCGUACCAGAGGAAGAAAAGGCGAAAUUUAAUGAGAAGCCCGCAAAACACUGGGAUAAUUUCUACAAGAUGAAUGCGGAUAAUUUCUUCCGAAAUCGCAAAUGGCUACAUACGGAGUUUCCAGAACUAGUGGCAGCCACCCACCCAGAUGCUGGGCCCAUCACUGUCGCGGAACUGGGUUGCGGUGCAGGAAAUUCCGUCUUUCCCUUACUAGCUGCAAAUCAAAACCCAGACCUCCAGCUCUUUGCAUUUGACUAUUCCAAUCACGCAGUAAAACUCGUACAACACAACGAACUUUACACAUCGCCUCCUGUUGGCUCUAUUCGAGCAUCUGUAUGGGAUAUAACUUCAACGGACUGCCUUCCGGAUGUGAUAACACCUUCGUCUGUUGACAUUGUCGUGUUGAUCUUCGUCCUGAGUGCUCUGCAUCCAAAUGAGUGGGCACAAGCUGUCUCGAAUAUCUACAAGAUGCUCAAGCCAGGAGGAGUUGCUGUUUUGCGCGAUUAUGGGCGACAUGACCUUACGCAGCUGCGAUUCAAAGAAGGUCGUUUAUUGGAGGAUAAUUUCUAUAUCCGUGGUGAUAAGACUCGCGUCUAUUUCUUCGAACUUGAUGAACUAGCCAUGUUAUUCACUGGUUCUCUCGCUCAGCCAAAAGAUAAGAUCCUGCCUACACCCGAAGUUAUCUACGAAGAUGAAGAUGACAGUCAAAAUCAAAUCCGAGAUGACGCAUCCACAAAUAUCUCUGCACUAACAAGUGCACUUUCGGCACUUCAUACGCCGAGGACAGAGAGUCCCCGGCCAUCCACGCCUUCCAUCACAGAUAACGCCGCAGUGCAAACGGACGGGUCCUCGGCGCCGUCAGCACCAAAGACUGUCACGGGAACGAACACGCCAUUCAAUUCAUCGUCCAGCACCGUCAUAGCUCAAUCGACCGAUGCAACAUCACCUUCAUCUCUAUCUCCAUACCUUCCAACGACACUGCAUCCUGCAAUUCACCGCUCACCACCCAAUUGUCCAACGCAUCCGCUCUUCUCCAUCGAACAGCUCGGUGUUGACCGUCGAUUACUUGUGAACCGAAAACGCCAGCUGAAGAUGUAUCGUGUAUGGAUGCAGGGGAAGUUCCGAAAGCUUCCUAGCUUGUUAAUCUCGGACUUGGAUAAGUAG